AUGCCACCGAUUCGCAAAAAAGACCCUUCAAAAAGCGCUCAGAUUGAGGGAAGAAUUCAGUUAGCUGUUUCCGAUUUGAAAAAUGGAAGAAUCUCCAAUAUUCGUGAAGUUACACGGAUUUAUGAUAUUCCUCGUACGACUCUCCGAGAUCGACUGAAAGGCAUUGAAUAUAAGGCCGAAAAGCGCGCCAACAACCAUAAAUUUUGGUCAAAAGCCCAACAUAAAUUGACUCAAUUUGAGGAGGAAUCACUUGUCAAAUGGGUGCUUGAUUUAGAUCGACGUGGAUUACCCCCCCGGCAUUCUCUUGUACGAGAAAUGGCUAAUUAUCUUUUAUCACAAUCUGGAAAUCAACAGGUUGGAGAAAAAUGGGUAUAUAACCUUGUUAAACGUCGCCCAGAGAUCGAUUCAAAAUUCUCACGAAGAUACAACUACGAGCGUGCCAAAUGCGAAGAUCCAAAGAUAAUUCAAGAGCACUUUGACCGCGUACGAGAUGCUAUAUCUCAGUAUGGAAUCCUUCCGGAAGAUAUCUACAAUUUUGAUGAGACUGGCUUUGCUAUGGGACUUUGUGCAACUGCAAAGCCCGGAAAUCGAGAAUGGGUGACUGCAAUUGAAGCAACAAAUUCAACCGGUUGGGCUCUGCCUUCGUACGUUAUUUUUAAAGCAAAGAAAAACGUACGAUUAGGCUGGUUUGAUGAGCUCCCUAGCGAUUGGAGAAUCAAUAUUAGCGAUAAUGGUUGGACUACAGAUCAGAUAGGGUUAGAAUGGCUUAAAACCCAUUUUACUCCUUAUAUCAAUGAUCGCACAAUGGGAAGAUAUCGAAUGUUAAUUCUUGAUGGUCAUGGAAGUCAUUUGACUGCAGAAUUUGACCGUACGUGCACCGAGAAUAAUAUUAUUCUAAUCUGCAUGCCACCUCAUUCUUCGCAUCUCUUACAAUCUCUUGAUGUUGGCUGUUUUGCGGUUUUAAAGCAACAAUAUGGGCAGCUUGUUGAACAGCGAAUGAGGCUUGGAUUCAACCAUAUCAACAAAAUCGACUUUUUAACGGCAUUUCCACAGGCUCGUACAAUGGCAUAUAAAGCUCAAACUAUUCGGAAUAGCUUCACAGCCACCGGAUUGGUGCCUUUCAAUCCGGAUCGAGUUAUUCAACAGCUUGAUAUUCAAUUAAAAACACCAACCCCCCCUCCAAGUCGAUCAAGUAAUACACAAUCAUCUUGCUUACAAACACCACAAAAUACACGCCAAUUUGUACGCCAAUUUGUACGCCAGUCAACUACAAUAAAGAAGCGUAUAAAUAAGCAUACAGAAAACCCAUUUGAAGGCCUUGAUCAGAUUCUUUCACGGAUGUCAAAGGCUUAUGAAACGGCUAGAAAUGACUAUUUGCUUGCACGGAAAGAAGUUGGCGAUUUACGAGCUGCAAAUGAAAAAGAGAAGCAAAAGCGCCAAAGGUCUAAUAAGCAGAUAUCUAUUGAGCAAGGGAUUACUAGAGAAGAAGCUCAAGCGCUCGUACAAGGUCAGGUUGAGGCAUCUCAAGCUGUUGUUACUGCUCCGGCAGAGCCGGAGCUCCCAGCUUCUCAACCAAUCGUACGCCGUCAAUUCCGCUGCAGUGGUUGUGGUGCUGAAGGGCAUAAAAUAAACCGAUGUCCUAGUCGUACUGCUAGUUAA